ACUUGAAUAGUCACUUCCGCCAUGUAGACUCAGUCGACGCUGUAAGCUAUAAAGACUCGCUUCGUUUUUUUUUUUCUUUCUGGACACUGGCUAGCAGCGUUUCCUGAUCGCCCCGUUUUUAUUUCAGCAACUCUCAAGUAACCGUAACUUCAAGCUAAUCCAAAUGAAUAUAAUUCCGAGAACGAAACAGGCCGCGUUUAACGUGACGGGAGUCAUGAGCUGCAUCAUUCUCCCUCAAAAUGGAGUCGCGCCCAUGCGCUUCGGCUCGGGUGACUCCGCGCCGCAGAUCGCCAUGGGCUCGGCGAAGGACUCUCGCAACGCCGACGCGGGGGCCAACGACACGCCGAAGCGGCCCGGCAACCUCGGCGUGAACUCGGCGAACGGCUACGCGUCGAAGACGCAACGGGACGACAGCGAGGACCUCGACAACGGCUCGCUGCCGUGCACCCCGGAGUCCGACGAAGAAAUCGACCACCCGGACUCCCUGGCGGGGGCCGCGGCUCUGGAGAACGACACGAGGGAACUCCUCGGCCGCUUCCUGAGAGAAUUUACGGGACAGUCGAAAGCCCAAUGGAACCAGAGCAGGGAGCUCGCCACCAUGAAGCGGGUGGUGGGGGACGUUUUGGAGAAGCACAGAUACGUAUUCAAUGGCAUGGUGAACAAAUUGUCACUGGACGACAGAAGGGACGACGCCGGGUUUGUCCGGGAAGUCGCCACGAGCCUCUUCGCGGACGGAACCACGAACUGGGGCCGCAUCGCCAGCCUGGUGGCCUUCGGGGCGGUGGUGUGUCAACACCUGAAGGAGCAAGGCCGGGGCAGCUGCGUGGAGCUGGUGGGGCGGGAGAUCUCGGCCUACCUGCUGUCGGAGCAGCGGGACUGGCUAAUCAAAAACAACGCCUGGGUUGGCUUCGUGGAGUUCUUUCGAGUAGCGGACCCAGAGUCCUCGGUGAGGAACACGCUCAUGGCUGUUGCUGGAUUCGCUAGUAUUGGGGCGACCCUGGCCCUGUUGAUCAGGUGAACCUCUUUGGACACUCGAGAGACUUUUUUUUUUCCACUUUGGUGGAUUCUUCUCCUGACGACCUUUCCUCCACAUUGAAAUUGGACUUUGAUGGACACUUAAAAACAACAAAAAAACCUGCUUAUUAGCAGUGUUUUUUUUCUUUUCUCAUCCUUCCUCCCUCUGGCGCCCUUCCAGCCUCACCUGAAAAAUAUGUAUGCACCUUCUGCCGAAUAAUAACCCAUCUUUUGCCGUUUCAAGGAAAGGGGAGGAUUUUGGCCAACAGAAGUCAACUUGCAAACAAUUAGCGUUUAUUUAAAUGACAGAAGUUUAUUUUUCUAAUAAAUGUAAAAAUGUGUUUAUAUGCAAAUUAAAAAAAACGGUAAGGGGAAGUCAGUUGACCUGAUUUGCUUAAUUUUAACCUCAUUAUGUUUACCAGUUUGUUCAUUAUAUCCUAGUUCCCUGUCUCUUUUGUAAGUAAGCCUGAGGCCAAAGCAGGUGGGGAAAGCUGCGUUGUUGUUGUUUGUUUUUUUUUUUUCAUUUUAUGAAGCAGAUUUCCAUUGAGGCCAUGCAUAACCCCUGGAUCCUUUGUAAGGACACUUCAACCUGUGAGAGAGAGAAGGAGGGGGUUGGGAUUUGCGCCUGGGUGUAGUGCUACUUCCUUGUUAUGAAAAUGUUGCGUUCGCUUUACGAAGCGCAAUGACGUGCAGGACUGUUUAGGCUCAACAGCAGCCUGCAAAGGUUGAAUCUGUUGGAAGGAACAAGGACUGGAAGUCAAGGAAGACUCAGAUUGUGCUGGUCAUCUGUACCGAAGCUGACCGGGUGGAGGUCUGGGUGGGAAGUUAUGGUCCUACAGAGAAUGAAAGCGGAACAUGAUUAAUGUCACAGAUAUGGUUGUGAGCUAACAAAUCUGUAUAGGUUGACAAAAUAAAAUCUACAUGCCUUGA